AUGCAGCACACCAACCACAUCAUCUCCUCUCAAUCCUUUUCCAAAUCAACUCGCAUACUCAUCGUCUUUAUACUUUCUUUAAUUCUUUUAUCAACAUUAAUCGAAGCAGCUCCCCCUUCUAAAAGAGAUAAUAAAGUUUCAGUUCAAGAAUUAAAGGAAUUAGAGAGAUUUGCCAAUUACGCUAGUGCUGCUUAUUGUAAACCUUCCGAUUUCCUCAAAUGGGAUUGUGGGCCUAUCUGUGAUGCAACCAAAGGCACCAAAGUCAGUAAAUUCAUUACCACAAAAUCCGAAAUACAAGCAACCCUUGAUGAAGAAAAAUUGAUUGUCGUAUCGUAUAGAGGAACCGUACCUGAAAAUGUCAAAAAUCUAAUUACCGAUGCAAAACUCAUUUUAACCGAUUAUCCACCUGUAAAAGAUGCUAAGGUUCAUAUUGGAUUUUAUCAAGCUUUUCUUGAAGUUCAAUCUGACGUUUUCAAUGAAAUCCAAAAAUUACAUAAAAAAAAUCCAAAGUACAAGGUCGUUUUUUCAGGGCAUAGUUUAGGUGGUGCGCUCACUUUAUUAUCAGCUUUGGAUCUUUCACAAAACUCAAAAGAUUUCAGUAAGGAUAAAAAUAAUCUGUUCGUUUUUACAUACGGUGAACCAAGAGUUGGUAAUUCGGAAUUUGCUGAUUAUGUUAAUAGUAAAUUAACUGUAUCAAGAACUGUAAAUGGAGGUGAUUCGGUUGCCCGGUUACCUCCAAGACUUAUUGGUUAUAAACAACAUCAAAAUGAAUUGUGGAUAUCAGAUCCUACAAAAAGUUCAUUUGAAGUGGUUAAAUGUGAUGGUCCCGAAGAUCAAAAAUGUUCUCUUUCGGUACCUGUUCCUAAAUUAAGUUUAUCAUUUCAUGCAGGUCCUUAUUAUGGUGUAUCUAUGCGAGCAUGUAAAAAUUUCAGUAAAAUUCAAAGUUUGGUCGAUGAACAGGAGUUAAAAAAGGCAUACGAAGGUUUAGGUGGUGAUCUUAAAGGAAAGAAUAAAUUUUAA